AUGGCAUUUUUAAGCAGUGACAAUAGAGACAUAGUUCAACCAAUGGAACUCUCUCUUUUUGCAUCCCCCACAAACCAAGUAGCGGUCGAGAAAGUGUAUUUUACAGAAGCAAGACCAAUUUCCAGCAUAGGAGUGUCUGACACACCCAUCGAGAUUGUUGUGUCAGGCUCAGGAGCAGAAUGCAUUGAUUUAAAAAGAAGUAAACUAUACGUAAAGGCCCGAAUUUUGAAAGCUGAUGGAUCUCCACUGUCAGCAAACGAAGAAACUGGUGUAGUGAACCUACCUCUACAAAGCAUGUUCUCUCAAAUGGAUGUCUACUUGAACAACAAGUUGGUCUCUUUCAAUACCAAUAACUAUCCGUGGAAGGCUUACCUCAAAACAAUUUUGUUCAGUGGGAAAGAUGAACUCAAUUCACAAAAACAAUCUGAGCUGUUCUUUAAAGACGAGGGGAAUCUUAGUGACGCAAAUGCCUACAGUGGAGGCAAUGCUGGUCUGAUCAUGCGGUAUGGUUUUACUCGGGAAAGUAAAGUCUUUGAGCUGGAAGGGAACCUGAUGGAAGAUAUCUUUGAUAUAGAUAAAUACUUGAUUAACGGAGUAGACAUCUACAUCAAACUCUUUAGAUCCAGUGCCCCUUUUGUCAUCAUGUCUUCCACUUCUGCACCUGCUUACAAGUUAGAAAUACAAGACGUCGUGUAUAAAGUGGCCAAAGUACGUGUUGACCCAGGUGUUUUGCUUAACCACAGUAAACAGAUCGAAUCCACUCCUGUGAAGUAUGCCAUAUCAAGAAAUGAACUGAAAAUGAAUACCAUACCCAAAGGAUCAACCGAGUUUUACUGGGACAAUAUAUUUCCACAGGCAGUACCCGAUCGAAUUGUGGUGGCUCUGGUGGACCAGAAAGCUGUAAAUGGGGAUUACACAGCCAACCCUUUUAAUUUCGAGCAUAUGGAAUUAACAGAUAUUGGAAUAUACGUCAACGGAGAAAGCGUACCUGGAAGACCACUGAAGACGGACUUUACGGCUGGACAUUAUUCAGCCGCCUAUGCUCGUUUAUUUGAUGCCUCUGGGAAAUGGAACAACGAUGCUGGGCUGAUUAUCUCUCGUGAUAAUUUUGGAAACGGAUACUCACUCUUCGUGUUUACGAUAGAUCCGAGUGGAUUUGGAGAAGAGUAUUUAAACCUGAUUCGAAGGGGAAACACCAGACUGGAACUAAAGUUCAAACAAACAACAACCAAAGCAGCCAAUGUUAUUGUAUUUGCAACAUUUUCAUCUCUACUUGAGGUUGACAAAUCACGUGACAUUAAUUACAUUCAACCAUGA